CGACAUCUACACAACGUGAAACAGCACAACAGUGAUAUAUACAAGAUGUCUCGUUUCUUUGUUGCCGGCUACAACUCGGACUCGUCGUCUGAGGAAGAGGACUUGUUGAGUUCUGAUGAAGAAUUGCUUUCUUCCUCCUCUGAAGGAGAACAGGAAACGUCAGACGAUGACAGCUUAGAUUUCGAUGACCAGUCUGAUUCUGACUCAAGUGACUCUGACUCCGAUGGCCGUCCAAGUGGUCCAGCAUAUUUCUUGAAGAAGGACUUCAUGAAAGGUGGUGCUGGCGGAGACUCUGACUCUGACUCUGAGGAUGAAGGCAGAAGAGUAGUGAAGUCUGCCAAGGACAAGUUGCUUGACGACAUGAACGAAUCCAUUGAAGCCAUUAACGUAGCCAGAAGAUCCGACACUUGGACCACCGUUGUAUCGGAAUUUGACAAGUUGGGACGUCUCUUGGUUAGAGCUGGUCAGCAAAGCGUGUCUACGCCUAAUGCCUACAUCAGAUGUUUGGCCGAUUUGGAAGACUACAUCACUGCUACUAGUGAAAACGAGAAAACCGAAAAGUCUUUAAACGCAGCCGAAGCCAGAGCAUUUAACAUGGCUAAACAGAGAGUCAGAAAGCAAAUCAAAGAGUACCAGGCCCAAUAUGACCUCUACAGAGAGAACCCAGAAUUGUUUGAAAGGGAAGAAUCCGUAGACAUCGCUGCUCCUUCCAGAUCUGAUGUUCCAGUAGAAGAUACUACGGGCAGAGUCUUGAGUCCUGUGUUCACCAUCUUGAAACAGAUCGCUGAGACUCGUGGUAAGAAGAACAUCGACAAGUACGAACAGAUCAAAACCUUGGAAGACUUGUUGAACGACAAUUUGGCAAAGGGCUCUGUUUUCGAGUUGAUUUCCAUCUAUCAGAUGUUGUUGUCGAUCCGUUUCGACGCUUCGGCCAACCAGAACUUCAUGCCUAUUGAACAAUGGAAGAACAACGAGGCAGACCUCACCUCUUUGAUCGGACUUUUGGAAUCCAACAAGGACACCUACCAGUUGUCUGAGCUUGGUUCUACUACUGAUGAUAUCGACAUCGAACCUGUAGCCAAUGAAUCUGGUGUCAAGGCUAUCUUUGGCUCCAUAACUUCGUUGAUCGACAGAUUGGACGAUGAAUUCACCAGAUCCUUGCAGAACACCGAUCCUCACUCGAUUGAGUACGUGCAAAGAUUAAAGGAUGAAACCACCAUCUACCAGUUGAUCGUGAGGGGCCAGUCUUAUAUUGAGUCUAUAACGCCAGCUGAAGUCCAGCAGUCGGUUGAGCAGUUGUCGAGAGUCGUUCUCCGUAGAUUGGAACAUAUCUACUACAAGCCUGACCAGUUGAUCAAAGCUAACGAGGCUGAAGCCUGGAAGGGUAUUUCUCACGAGUCUGUCAUUGUAUCCAAGGACUCCACUCCUGCUGAGUUGAUUGAAGGAUUGUCGUCGUUCUUAACCAAGCACAAGAAUCCAGUCUACGCCAAACACGCUUUGUUGUUCUCGGUCUACUACUACGCCGUCAACAACAACUACAACAGAGCCAAGGAGUUGUUCUUGGACUCGCAAAUCUUCAACAAAAUCCACCAUGCUGACUCCAGCUUGCAAGUCCAGUACAACAGAGCCAUUGUUCAGUUGGGUUUGAGUGCAUUCAGAAACGGAGCUGUCGAAGAAUCUCACAAGGUAUUGAACGAAAUCGUCAACUCGCAAAGAUCAAAGGAAUUGUUGGGCCAAGGGUUCAACUCUAAAUAUCCCAACCAAGCUACAACCGUGGAAAAGGCUAAGUUGUUGCCUUUCCACCAACACAUAAAUUUGGAAUUGCUUGAGUGUGUUUACCUGACCUGCUCGUUAUUGAUUGAAAUUCCAGCCUUGGCUGCAGCUACAAACUCCAAGGACUCCAGACGUAAGGCAACCACCAAGUCAUUCAAGAGUAAGUUAGAAUUCCACGACAGACAGUUCUUCACUGGUCCUCCAGAGAGUAUCAAAGAUCACAUAGUGCAUGCCUCCAUAGCUUUACUGAAGGGUGAUUGGGCUAAGGCUUACCAGUUGUUGUCGUCUAUCAAGAUCUGGAAGUUGUUCCCUGAUAACGAUGACUUGUUGGCCAUGAUGAAGAACCAGUUACAAGUCGAAGGUUUAAGAACAUACAUUUUCUCCUACAAGUCGAUUUUCUCUAAGUUAUCUUUAGGCAAGUUGUCGCAGAUCUUCGAGCUUGAAGCUGACAAAGUUGAGUCCAUUGUUCAAAAGAUGAUAGAGACAAAUGAGAUUGGCGGAACAUUAGACGAAUCCAAGGCAUUUAUCCAAUUCGCCAGUACCGAGCCACAAAGAUCCAGAUUGCAAGAGUUAGCUAUUGUUAUGAACGAAAAGGUUGGUUUGUUGACCGAAAAGAAUGAAAAGACUUCGUCCAACGGUUACGGUAAGAAGCAGCCUCAACAACAGCAACAACAGCAACAACAGCAACAGCAACAGCAGCAACAGCAGAAGGAUUUGCUCCAAGAGGACAACAGCAGAUUCAGAUACGCCAACGUUAACACUAACAACGAUGAAUUCCAAACUACUGCCUAAGCUGAGCUGGCUGUUCCAGUCACGUUUUGUACAAUAAUCUCUUUAGCAUGGAUCUCUAUUUGCAUCUAGACCAGAUAGACUCUGUCUUCCUGAACUUAUCAAGGCUGAUUUGUUCCUGAGUCCCUGACUCGAUAUAUAUAUUAGUUCUUUUUAAUAUAACGUUCUACGUGA